AUGUUACUUUCUGAAUCCAGAGCCAAUCUUUUCGACUCUUUCAAAGCUGAUUCUCCAGAUGAUGAGUUCAGCAAACCGAAAAGAUGUUUGAAGUCGGGAUCAAGCCCUCAUAAGUCAUUGAAUAUGAUUAUUUUGGAAGAUGAAAAUGAUGAUGAUGACGAACGUUUGGCUCGACGAAAGUCACGUUUACUUGAGCCUCAUCCCGCUAGUGUUAAUAGUCCAGGUGCUAGCUCUACUGCAGCUAGACGACGCGCAGAUGCCGCAGCUCCACGUGGUAUACCUCAGGCACAAAUUGGUGAACAUUAUGGCAAUUGUAUUCGACUAGCUGCGGAAAAUAAAAUCACGGCCAAAAAUGCUUUUAACUUACAUCUGAUCGAUUACAUGAGUGAAAUGAUAAAAAAGGAGGACUUCGCAAGCUUCCAGAUUGCCAGCUCAUCGUUGGAUGCUGGAGCAAAAAUAUACGCAGGUCGUGUUGAUGCUGUACAUCAAGAAACGUAUCAGGUGCUUACUGGACUUGGUCGCUCAGGCAAUCCUCAAAAUGGAGAGAAUGAGAGUAAUGCCGAUAAUGUUGAUGAUGACGAUAAGACUCAUUCACAUUCUAAACCAGAGCAAAAAAAGAAAACUGCUUCACAUCGAGAUAUUAUCCAUAAACAACUAAAUAAGAUUCGAAUUAAAACACUAGCUGAUAAGAUUGAUGUUGACCCUUUGUUUCAACAUCAAACAGCUGCCUACGAUGAGGGGGGUACUGCUGAACUAAGAUUAAACCAGCUUUCCACUGCUAAUGCUUCAUGUGAAUUGAUUUUAGACUCAUCAACUCCUGUUAUGCUCCGUACGUUGACCACCACUCAACCAAUAACUCCUAUGAAUGUUACAAAUGUUACUGAAUUUUUGUCUUCAAUGCUUGCAAGAUCACUAAAUCAACUAUCUAUAUGCUCUACGUUGCAAAGCUUUCGCUUUACCGAUUGGGAUCUAAACAAGAACAGUUUUGAUUCAAAUAGCCAAAUGAACUGGGAUACAAAUUCAAAACCUAUUAACUUGUUUAAUCAAGACAAUAAUGAUGAUGGUGAUGACAAUGGAUUCAAUCCUCUUCCAGUUCAGGAUGAUAGUUUUUGUGACAAUAUUCAUGAAGACAUAAACUUGGACCCAGUGUGUGAAACUGGAAUGCAAGUUGAGGUGAAUGGUUCAUCAGCAGAAGCUGUAAAUAAUAAUAUUGGAUCUGAUAAUCUGUUGGCUAAUAUUCCCGUUACCGAAAAUACUACCGCUACUAAUACUAAUACUACUACUACUACAGCAGAUGGUGAAUUAUUUGUAUCCUGUUUAAAAAAUAUGCUGGAUAAACAGUAUGAACAUUUUGGAAAAUUAAAUGAUCAUCUGUUGGGUAUGUGGGCAGGACCUGAACAUUGGCGUAAAAAAGCUAAAAGACCGAAGUUGGAUGGUACAGUUAAAUUAAAUGAAGACAACCCUGAGAAAAAUUUUGAACAUGGACUAGGUGAAAGUGAAACGGGGAUUGUUGAUAAGGUAAUAAACAGUCGAAAGAUGACCAAGUCGAAAAGAGAUAAAGCGCAAAAAAUCUGUUAUGCUGAAACGAUUAAACCGAGCGAGAAUCGAACAAGGAGUGGUAGAUUGUCCAGACGAGAUUGGCUCAAAAAUGUUCUAUCAUCUGGUGUAGAAAACAGUACUGCAUCCAACUCGACGAUAUUUAAGGAAACCUACAGGCAGAAAGCCAAUCGUCAAAUGAACAUGCUCCCUUCAGAAUGGUCUGAUUCUCGCCAAACUUUAUAUCAACUUGUUAAUCGAGAUGUAAUUCUGCGUCCGAAUAUUCUCCCUGAUGGUAGAAAUCUCACAAACUGUAAUAACAUUACAAGUGAGAACGCAGACUAUAUGGUUGGAACUAAUGAAUUAUGUGCAGUUCUAACUGUUGGUAGCUCAGAACGACCUGUUGACAAUGAGUAUGAAGAUGCUGACGGCGGACUCGACCAGUUGAGGAACCAUCAAGAUGACGACGACGAUGAUGAUGACGCAAUAAUCCCAUUCGAAUGUGCCUUUACACAAAACGCUGGGUAUAAUGAUGGUGAAUUGACUGAUAUAGAAUUAAUUUCACAACCAAAUAAAGUGGCUCGCAUUGAAAUUGGUUACGCUCGAACUGCGAAAAUGAUUAACGUUCAACGGUUAAAGUGUGCUAUGUGGGGAUUCCUCGAACAUACAGUUCCUCACGUUGGUUUAAAUAUUCCAUCUCAGUCACCAUUAUCUGUUGCUUCUACAGCCUCAGCUCCUGAUACUAAUAGUUUAGUGGACGAUCCAACAUCACUCAAUGUAAACGAAAACCAAAAACAAUACCUGAUGAAUGAGGACGUUAUUGAGUCGGACAGUGGAAGAGCAUCAUGUCUACCUAAAGUUCACGGUGCUCGAGGUUUCUCAGAAGUUAUUGACAACUUAUCAGGUCGUAUAAGUUGGCAAAUGGCUAAAGAACUUAGUAUAUCAAUUGCUUUAAAUUGUCUUUUGCAUUUGUCUAAUGAGAAACAAUUAUAUCUAGAAAAUGUAGACAGUUUUUCAGAUAUAUACAUCUCUCAAGGUUUGCCUUCAUUUGAAUUGAAACAUCUUGAGACUUACACUAAUAUAUGUGAUAAUAAUGCUAUUCAUCAUGGCGAUAUAAUAUCUGGUAAUAAACCAAAGUUGAACAAUCAAAAACGUAAUAAAACUCGACAUAUACGUCCGUCUACACUGGAUUCAUGGCUUAUCGAAAAUGAUUAA